AUGCGCACUCUCACUCGCACUCUCACGCGCUCUCUCACGGGCACUCUCACGCGCUCUCUCACGCGCUCUAUCAAGGCGCACUCUCAGGCGCACUCUCCCGCGCGCUCUCUCGCGCUCUCUCUCCCGCACUCUCAUGCGCAUUCUCUCUCUCACGUGCUUUCUCUCGCGCACUCUCAUGCACAUUCUCUCUCUCACACGCUCUCUCACGCGCACCCUCACACGCUCCCUCAAACGCUUUCUCACACGCUCUCACACACGCUCUCUCACGCGCACUCUCACGCGCUCUCUCACGCACAUUCUCUCUCUCACAAGCUCUCUCACGCGCACCCUGUCACGCUCCCUCACACGCUCUCUCACGCGCUCUCACACGGGCUCUCUCACGCGCACUCUCACGCGCUUUCUGACGCGCUCUAUCAAGGUGCACUCUCAGGCGCACUUUCACACGCUCUCUCUCGCGCUCUCUCUCCCGCACUCUCACGCGCAUUCUCUCUCACGUGCUUUCUCUCACGCACUCUAACGCACAUUCUCUCUCUCACACGCUCUCUCACGCGCACCCUCCCACGCUCCCUCACACGCUCUCUCGCGCGCUCUCACACGCGCUCUCACACGCACUCUCACACGCGAUCUCUCACGCGCACUCUCACGCGCUCCCUCACGCGCUCUAUUACGCUCUCUCACGCGCUCUCUCAUGCGCUCUAUCACGCGCCCUCUCAUGCGAUCCCUCACGCACUCCCUCACGCGCUCUCUCAAGGUGCACUCUCAGGCACACUCUCAUGCGCUCUCUCUUGCGCUCUCUCUCCUGCACUCUCACGCGCACUCUCACGCACCCUCUCUCGCGCUCUCCCUCCCGCACUCUCAUGCGCAUUCUCUCUCUCAUGUGCUUUCUCUUGCGCACUCUCACGCAGAUUCUCUCUCUCACAUGCUCUCUCACGCGCACUCUCACACGCUCCCUCACACGCUCUCUCACACGCUCUCACACACGCUCCCUCACGCGCACUGUCACGCGAUCUCUCUCACGCACAUUCUCUCUCUCACACGCUCUCUCACGCGCACCCUGUCACGCUCCCUCACACGCUCUCUCACGCGCUCUCACACGCGCUCUCUCACACGCACUCUCACGCGCUCUCUGACGCGUUCUAUCAAGAGUUUUCUCUCGCGCACUCUAACGCACAUUUUCUCUCUCACACGAUCUCUCACGCGCACCCUGACACGCUCCCUCACACGCUCUCUCACGCGCUCUCACACGCACUCUCUCACGCACUCUCACACGCGCUCUCUCACGGCACUCUCACGCGCUCUCUCACGCGCUCUCUUACGCUCUCUCACGCGCUCUCUCAUGCGCUCUAUCACGCGCCCUCUCAUGCAAUCCCUCACGCACUCCCUCACGCGCUCUCUCAAGGUGCACUCUCAGGCACACUCUCACGCGCUCUCUCUCGCGCUCUCUCCUGCACUCUCACGCGCACUCUCACGCGCUCGCUCUCGCGCUCUCUCUCCCGCACUCUCAUGCGCAUUUUCUCUCUCACGUGCUUCCUCUCUCGCACUCUCACACACAUUCCCUCUCUCGCACGCUCUCUCACGCGCACCCUCACACGCUCCCUCACGCGCUCUCGCACGCGCUCUCUCACGCGCACUCUCACACGCUCUAUAACGCGCCCUCUCAUGCGCUCCCUCACGCACUCUCUCACGCGCUCUCUCAAGGCGCACUCUCAGGCACACUCUCACGCACUCUCUCUCUCGCGCGCUCUCUAUCGCGCACUCUCACCACAUUCUCUCUCUCACGCGCUCUCUCUCGCGCACUAUCGCACGCAUUCUCUCUCUCUCACGCUCUCACACGCUCACAUGCGCUUUCUUAUCCGCUCUCUCACGCGCUCUCACGCGCUCUCUCACGCGCCCUCUCACGCGCUCCUUCACGCGCUCUCUCACACGCUCUCUCAUGCGCACACGCUCUCCCUCACGCUCCAUCUCUUUCUUCUUUAA